AUGGACAUGAAGUUGAAUGUAUUAUAUGCUAACCAUGUGGUGGCGGUGGUGGAGGUGGUGGUGAUGAUAGCGGUGGUGGUAGAGGUGGUGGUGGUGAUGGUGGUAGCAGUGGACGCAAAGGUAGUGGUGGUAGCAGUGGAGGUGAAGGUGGUGGUGGGUGGUGGGUGGUGGGUGGUGGGUGGUGGGUGGUGGGUGUUGGUGGUGGUGAUGGUGGUAGCAGGGGAGGCGAAUGUAGUGGUGGUAGCAGUUGAGGUGAAGGUAGUGGUGGUGGUGAUGAAGGAUAGCAAAAAAUAA